GUGACCCGUCAUUUUGGGGGUAGGCUAUUCCUCGGCUCCCUCAGGCGGGGUUUCCUUCCUAUGUUUACCUUUAGGCCUCUGUAAUGGGUUUUCUAAAGUUAGGAAUAUUCAAUGCUUUUAAAGCCAUAUAGACUAUCCUCGUGCAGCUCAAGUUGCCGUAGCCUACCUCUUGAAAUCAAGAUAGGAUGGAUUCUUAUUAUGGACAAACUAUUUUGAUUUUCAUCGUGUUAAUUUCGUCUUGUGCUGGAUUGGGGCAUAGCUGUGCUUGCUCAAGUAAUCUAAAACAUUGUGCAAACAUCUACCAAAUACCAGCGGACUUUCAAACGGCUCAAGAGAAUUGCAGAGAACGGGGCGGUCAAUUCUCUAUCCAACCGAAUGCAUCUGAUAAAGUUUUCGGCUUUCUUCUUGAUAACAUGAUCGGACACUUUUGGAUAGGACAACAUUUUCCAAAGGAUAAGUGCUCAAGUAAUACGAGUGCAUUACGCGAAAGAGAAAUGACCACGGAAUUGACGAACUUGGAGAGCGCAGAAACGGCGUGCGUUCCUCUCUGCGUGUCUGUCUCCAGCGACAGAACAUUGACGGUGAAACCAUGCGCAGAAAAACUGGAUGGAUUUCUGUGUGAGGACCCUCAGGAGGAUCUCUGCAGAGGAAGCGUGGUCAUCCUGGACAAUGCGCGAUGUAUGUAUGCACCCUGUGAACAUACAUGUAUUCCUAUGGAAACCGGAUACAGGUGUUCGUGUCGUGAGCGAUUCCGUCCUAAUGCACGGGAUCCACGCCGCUGUGACUUCUAUUGCGCAACGUCAGUUUGUGAAGCGCUAUGUAUGAAAAGCGGGACGGCGUGUUGGUGUCCGGAUGGCUUUGUUAGAAGCGAACAAACCUGCGUAGAUAUAGAUGAAUGUGAAUCAAAUCAUGACUGCGCUCACAUGUGUAUAAAUACGAUAGGGAGUUAUAGAUGUGAUUGCUUUCAGCCCUUUAUCCUCGUUAAUGGAAGUGAAUGCGUUCUCGAUCUUAGUGGUCAAGUAUUCACAACACCGUCCCCUAAUUAUAUAGCACGGGGGAGCCUGUCGACCCCAGGAGAAUAUGUUGGGCUGAUAAUAUUCCUAGUAGUAGCUGCUUUUGCUCUAUUAGUACUUGUGCGUUAUUUGCGCGGUCGUAAAGCAACUGUACAGGAAUGCAAUCCACCAGAUUAUGACGAGUUUCAAGGAAGUGUAGCCUAUUCAAGUGAAUGAUAACUGCUACAUAACCGUGUGUUUUUUUUUUAAGUUGAUAGUA